AUGUUGGCCAACCAGACUGGCUAUCUCAAUCGCCUGCUGGCACUACAGGACAAAGACGGCCGGCCGUUCGCCGAGGCUGCUGCCGAAGCUGGGUACGAAGAGGCUCGGAACGCUGGUUCGGUGGCAGCCGUGGCUUUGGGUCGGGAAAAAGUGGGAGCUUUUGUGGAGCUUCAUAUCGAACAAGGGCCGCUACUGGAAGAACAAGGGCUGGAUAUUGGCAUAGUGACAGCGAUUGCAGCACCAGCAACGCUAAUGGUCGAUUUCAGUGGAGGAGGGGGCCAUGCUGGUGCUCUGCUCAUGAAGCACAGGAACGAUGCGGGGCUGGCAGCUGCUGAGCUCUCAUUGGCUGUUGAGGCUGCUGUGCUGGCGACAAAAUCAGAUGACACAGUGGGAACCACAGGGCACCUCAUUCUUCAGCCCAACGCAGUGAACAGCGUGCCUCGCCAUGCACACUUGGAGAUUGAUAUUCGAGAUAUUGACGAGGCGAGGCGGGAUGGCGUGGUGUCAAAAGUUAUGGACGCUGCUCGGAGCAUUGCUGGCAGGCGGAAAGUGAAGGUGGAGAGAAUGGAGCUGGUCAAUGCCGACCCGCCCGCCCAGUGCAGCAGCAUGGUGACGUCAGCUGUUUUGUCUUCAGUGCAGGAGCUGGGUCUGAGCCACCGGCGCAUGGUCAGCCGGGCGUAUCACGAUGCACUGUUCAUGGCGAGGGUGGCGCCAACAGGCAUGAUAUUCAUUCCCUGCCGAGGAGGAGUGAGUCACCGCCCUGAUGAGUUCACAUCAAAGGCCAACCUCGCCAACGGAGUGCAUGUGCUCGCCCUCACACUCGCCAAGCUCUCGCUGCUCUGA